AUGGCGCCCGCCGGAGGAGGAAACAUCAAGGUGGUGGUGAGGUGUCGACCUUUCAACGGUAGAGAAAUCGAUCGAGGUUCAAAAUGUGUCAUCGAAAUGAAAGGGAACCAGACGGUUCUAUCCGCCCCCGAUGGACACCAAGGCAAGAGCGCCAAAGAUCUGGCGCCCAAGGCCUUUGCAUUCGAUCGAUCAUACUGGUCUUUUAACAAGAGCGAUCCCAAUUACGCCGGCCAGUCUAAUCUUUUCGAUGAUCUGGGACAGCCCCUGCUUGACAAUGCCUUCCAAGGCUACAACAACUGUAUUUUUGCCUACGGUCAGACCGGUUCCGGAAAGUCGUACUCGAUGAUGGGAUACGGCAAGGAGAUCGGUAUCAUUCCCAUGAUUUGUCAGGACAUGUUUAAGAGAAUAGAGUCCAUUCAAGCGGACGGGACGACAAAAUGCACCGUCGAGGUCUCAUAUCUGGAAAUUUACAACGAGCGAGUCCGCGAUCUGCUCAACCCAUCGACAAAGGGCAACCUCAAGGUUCGAGAACAUCCUUCUACCGGUCCUUACGUCGAAGAUCUCGCCAAGCUCGCCGUAAAGGGGUUCCAGGAAAUCGAGCACCUUAUGGACGAAGGCAACAAAGCCCGAACCGUCGCCGCGACCAACAUGAACGAAACAUCCAGUCGAAGUCACGCUGUCUUUACCCUCAUGUUGACGCAGAAGAAGUACGAUCUGGAUACCAAGAUGGAGAUGGAAAAGGUGGCCAAGAUCAGUCUGGUCGAUCUGGCAGGUUCCGAACGAGCUACGUCGACUGGUGCAACGGGUGCUCGACUGAAGGAAGGUGCUGAAAUCAACCGAUCGCUAUCGACACUAGGUCGUGUCAUUGCUGCCCUGGCCGAUUUGUCUACGGGAGGAAAGAAGAAGAAAGGUGGUGGUCAAGUCCCAUACCGAGACAGUGUCUUGACAUGGUUGUUGAAGGACUCGCUGGGUGGAAACAGUAUGACGGCCAUGAUUGCAGCUAUCAGUCCUGCCGAUAUCAACUACGACGAAACCCUGAGUACACUACGUUACGCCGAUUCUGCCAAGCGCAUCAAGAACCACGCAGUUGUCAACGAAGAUGCCAAUGCCCGCAUGAUACGAGAACUCAAGGAGGAAUUGAUGCUUUUGAGAAGCAAACUUGGUCAUGGACCGGCCCCUGCUGGAGCUGCUUCAUCAGGACCCGCCGACAAGGUCUAUGCUGAAGGCACGCCGCUCGAGAAGCAGAUGGUCAGCAUUACUGGCGCGGACGGUGUUGUGAAGACAGUUUCAAAGGCAGAGAUCGCAGAGCAACUGAGCCAGAGUGAGAAGCUUCUUACGGAUCUGAAUCAGACAUGGGAGGAGAAGCUUCUCAAAACGGAGGAGAUUCACAAGGAGCGUGAAGCUGCCCUGGAAGAACUCGGAAUUAGCAUUGAGAAGGGUUUUGUGGGUUUGCACACUCCCAAGAAGAUGCCCCAUCUUGUCAACUUGUCAGAUGACCCCCUCCUCGCUGAGUGUCUCGUCUACAAUCUCAAGCCCGGAACAACGACAGUGGGCAAUGUCGACACCAAUGCGGAUCACCAAGCGAACAUCCGACUUAAUGGAAGCCGAAUUCUUCACGACCACUGUACCUUUGACAACGCAGCCGAUGGAACUGUGACAGUUAUUCCAAGCGAAGGUGCUUCAGUCAUGGUUAACGGAAAGCGUAUCACAGAACCGACACAACUUCACUCUGGAUACCGUAUCAUUUUUGGCGACUUCCACAUCUUCCGAUUCAACCAUCCCAUGGAAGCGAGAGCAGAACGAGCUGAAGUGGAGAGACCGCAGAGCUUACUUCGUCAUUCUAUCACUGCAAGCCAGCUCCAGGCGCUGGAGCGAAGUUCUCCUUCACCAAGCCCUCGUCCUGGUCAUGAAAGAUCUUUUAGUAGGGUAUCUGAAUUUGGCGAUUCUCGACCAGACUCACCAGCUUUAUCUCAACGGAACGGCCGUGACUCGGAUUGGUCUUUCGCCAGACGUGAAGCCGCCGGAGCGAUUCUUGGAAGUGAUCAAAACUUUACUAGUCUCAACGACGAGGAACUGAAUGCAUUGUUCGAAGAUGUCCAGAGGGCGAGGGCAGAGCGAGUGAACGGUCGUGAUGAUGGAGACGACUCGGAAUCUUCUUAUCCUAUCCGUGACAAGUAUUUGUCAAACGGCACCAUGGACAAUCUAUCUCUGGACACAGCGUUGACGAUGCCCUCGACACCAAAGCAAGGCGAGCCAGAUGAAAAGCUCAGAGAGGUUCGAGAAGAGCUGCAGAACCAACUGGAAAAGCAAAAGGAGGAAUACCAAGACCAGCUGAAGAAUGCAGAAGCGGCGAACGUUGAGAUUGAGGAGAUCAAGCAAGAGAAGGUAAAGAUGGAGGCAGCGCUAAAGGAGCUGAAGGAGGAUAUGCAGAAGCAGCUCAACCAUCAACGGAAGCAGUUCGAGGAGAAGAUUGAAAAGAUGGACCCCCUGAAGAUGCCGAAGAAGAGCCCGACUCUCUCUGAAGAGGAAAUUGGGCUGGCGAAGCGUUCUGUCAAGGUCUGGAAAGGUCAGCACUAUGUCAAGAUGGCAGAGAUGGUACUACAGAACGCCGCGAUUCUCAAGGAAGCCCAGAUCAUGAGUCACGAACUCGAUGAGAGCGUCGUCUUCCAGUUUGCCGUGGUCGACAUUGGCCAUGUACUCUGUUCAUCUUAUGAUAUGGUCCUCAACGGCCUGACGGGCGAGGGCGACGACAUUGCCCUGGAACAGGCCCCCAAGCCAUGCAUUGGCGUUCGAGUGGUUGAUUUCAAGAACAGCGUGGUCCACCUAUGGAGUCUCGAGAAACUGCAUGAUAGGGUGCGGCAGAUGCGACAGAUGCACCAGUACCUAGACCAGCCCGAAUACGCGCAACACCUCAGCCUCGACAACCCGUUUGUGGAGACCUGCAUGCCAUCAUACACUCUGGUGGGUGAGGUUGAUGUGCCGUUGAAGGCUGUCUUCGAGUGUCGAGUCCAGGAUUCGGUUCUUGAUGUCCUAUCCCCUUACACAUCUCAUGUUGUUGGUAUCAUCAAGCUUUCUCUUGAGCCUUCACAUGCACGUGCGCCUACAAACACCCUCAAGUUCAACGUUGUCAUGCACGAGCUCAUCGGCUUCGCAGAGCGAGAAGGCACUGAGGUGCAUGCCCAACUCUUCAUCCCUGGUAUCUCCGAGGAAGAUGGUAUCACCACAACCCAGAUGAUCAAGGACUUUGACGAGGGCCCUAUCCGUUUCGAGAGUGUCCAUAGCAUGAGCAUUCCUCUCUUCGCAUCCCAUGAUGUCACUUUGAGGGUUGCCAUCUUCGCCAAGGUAUCCACAAUGCACUUGGACAAGCUCCUUAGUUGGGAUGAUAUGAGGGAUGCGGUGCCUGUGAGAGACGACAUAGCCAAAGCAACCCGUAUCAAUGAGUCUCAGUUCUUCACCCAGGAGAAGCACGACCUAUUGUCCCGGGUCCAGAUCAUGGAGCUCAACGAGAUGGGUGAGUAUAGCGCAGUGGAAGUGACUCAGACGAACGAGUUGGAUACUGGAACCUUCCAGCUACACCAAGGCCUGCAAAGAAGGAUUGGAAUCAACAUUUCCCACAGCUCUGGCGAUGCCCUCCCAUGGGGUGGCGUUACUUCUGUCCGCGUUGGAAGGAUCCAGCUUGUUGACUCUGCCGGAAAGACACCUGACAUGGGCGCCAAUGAGCCGGAUAUCCUUUUGAAACUGUCGCAGAGCCCAAUCUUCCGGGAGAAUGCCAACGGUACCAAAAGCCUCACCAUCUAUGCCCAGUGGGAUUCAAGUGUGCACAACUCAUUGCUCCUUGAUCGAGUUACUCAGGACAAGUAUCGGGUGCAGAUGACCAUUUCAUGGGAGAUCAGCUCCGAGAAGCUGGCAGAGCCGAUGAAGUUUUCGCAAAAGGUUUGUGUGCAAAUUCUGUCGAGAACCUUUGUGCGUCAGACUUCCAUGUUCUCGGCCCUGUGGCAGAAUAUCCGAUUUGUGCGGUCCUCGACAGGCAUCUUCACUCUCACCAUGCGCCCUGCUCCGAUCAAGAAGGUGGGUGACUUGUGGAGGCUGAACAGCCAGCACGACUAUGUCAAGGGAGAGGAGAACUUGACAAGCUGGACCCCCAGAGGCGUGUCCCUGGUGAGCGACUUUAUCACAGCUCGCAGAAAGAAGAGGCGCGCCGCGGAUAUUAAUACCACUGAGACUAUCCUCGCCAAGCUUGGUUUUGAUGGAACGAACGCGAAGCCCGACCAAAAGGAACCGUCGCCCUCGCCCUCUCCGGAGCUCAAGCCAAUUAUCCCCAGCGAUGACGACCUCCUUCAUGAUACGCCCGAACCCUCUCCGGCUCCCUCGCCCAAGGACGGGGAAUCCAAGGCCGAGGAGCAAAAGGCUGAAAACGCAGAAGACGCAACGCCAGAAGCCACAACAGAGGAGGUUACGCCGACCAAGGUGGAAGAGCCACAACCCAAGCCAGAGUAUGACGAGGAGCAGACGGAUCUGCUGCAGAAAUGCUUGAAGCUCUGGAAGACAUUCCCCGACCCCUUAACAAAUCUCCUCAGCCCAGCGAACAUAGCGCCACCAACAGAUGGACUCAUGACCAAUGCGCCAUUGCAACCAACACUUGUCGCGACGGUCAUCCGUAUUCCCAAGAACCCCAAGGUGCUGAAGGGUGGAUACCUGUUGGUCCCCAACAGCGACUCGACGCGUUGGGUCAAGAGGUUUGUCGAGCUACGACGACCAUACCUUCACCUUCAUUCGGCUGGUGAUGGUGAUGAGGUUGGACUGGUAAGCUUGCGCAACUCGCGCAUUGACAGUCAGCCUGGAGUGCUUGCCCUACUCAACGGAUCCGAUGACUACGACAAUGCAUCAGAUCACAGCGGACAGACGGGUGGAUCCGACUUUACCCCAGGACAUCGGCGAACCUCGUCAGGCCGUGUGAUCUCUACCAUCUGGACGGGAACGGGCGGGGGAGCCUCAAGCGGGGGCGCCGGCCUACAACGCCUUCCCGAACGGAUGCAGUCGGCGGUGUUUGCCAUAUACGGGACGGACAACACGUGGCUAUUUGCAGCUCGAAGCGAACGGGACAAGAUGGACUGGAUCUUCCGGAUCGACCAGACAUACUUGUCGGGCAACGACAGCUUGUCAGGAAGCGGGAUGGCCAGCCCGUACCCGGGAAGCGAAUACUAG